CUGUCCUUCUCAACAUCCUUCCCACAACGUACUUCAUCUCCAUUUACCUAUGCUUUCACCAUACUUAUUCCUACAAAAUCUCGCAAAUGUGACUUCGUCCGCGCAACCUAACCACGGCCUACGCCUCUGCCAACGAUGACAACGCUGUCCCGAUCGGAAAUACUCCAGUCCAAACCGAUAGGGAAAGGGUUAGAUGGCUUUCGCGAAACUCAUACUUCGAAUUCAAAAGAUAUAGACAAAGGGAACGAAGGCGAUGAAGGGGAAAUCAAUAUCCUCGUUGAUCUGAUGCUUGCUUUGCAAAGUCUCCCCGCCUCCAGAUUGCUACCAUCAAAACGUGGUAAUACAGCCCUAUUCAAUGAUCUGUUGUCGCUGAACUCAGCGAUUUUCUCCGGCAAUCAUGACACUGCACGGAUCAAGCCUCUGUUGGGAGCUGUCCUCAACAAGGAACCCGACGAGGUCAUCUGGGAUAGGGUAUACGACGCUGUCACCGAGUCGACCCCUCCACCUCGUCCCGCAUCAUCCUUCCCACAAACGCCAUGGCUACGCAACACGAGUAGCUUCGCAAACUCGACCGAACACCGCAAAUACGUAGAUAAAGUUUUAAAGGAGGAGCUGGGGCCCAUGCACGUUGAUAUUCCUAGCUUCUUCGAAGCCUUCUUCGGCGAAAUCGCAGAGCCGGCAGCGCGGACGCCCGCCUCUGAGGCUCGACGACGGCCGCUGGCACAACUCUACCAGCCCGUGCAAGGCUCCACGGCCAAUCGCAAGUUGGAUGUCGGCUUUAAGCAGAUUCUCGUGCCAGGAGAACUAAAGAGCAAUCUAUCAGCCGACAUAGCCUCUAAAGCAUGGCUAGAUCUAGGGCGAUAUGCGAGAGAGUUCGACCAGCUUAAGGACGGGCUACAAUUCGUAUCGGCGCUUAGAUUUAACCCUUCUAUUAUUACAGACGGAGACGUUCGAUACAUCAAGAUCGAAAGAAGCAAUCAGAAGGAACGCCUUAUCAUCGAUAAGGUCAUGAAACAAUCGCGCUGCGUCGUCGGCCGAGCCACAACCUGCUGGAAAGUGCAUCGCGAGGGAGAUGAAUCGCGAUCACCCCUUGUUGUCAAAGACUUAUGGCAGUUUCUGGAACGCAAGGAGGAGGGAGAGCUGCUGCGCAAGGCAACUAACAAUGACGACGACAUCCGCAGUAACGUGCGACGAGGUUUAGACAUAACGCAAGCAAAAAACUGCAAGCUAGAAAGCUUAAUAGCCCCCCUAAGCUUGGCUAGACGUCGCAUCUCGCGAAAAGGCCAAAGCAGCAGCGCCGCAGGGCGGAAACAGUCCUUAAGUUGCACGGGUGCGCUGUUGCCCCCAAGCAAGCAAACCUGUUCGACCUCUCUAGUAAAGGGUAGCAGGGCGACAGCGAAUCGAGUGCAUCGCCGCGUUAUUGUCCAAGACUAUAGGAAACCUAUUUACAAGGCGAGCUCUAGAGUAAGCCUUCUAGCUGCGUUAGAAGGCUAUAUUAACAGAUACGAGUCGCUACACACACGAGCUGGUGUGCUACAAUAUGAUAUCUCACCAAACAACCUUAUUCACGCGUUCUUAAUUAAUCUUAACCUUGCAAUCAAAGAGCAGCAAGAGAAAUCCUUAGAGGCACGGGGGAAGACCAGCACGCGAGCGUUUAUGGCGAUUAGAGUACUUCUAGACAACAAAAACCACUCGUUUAUGCACGAUCUAGAGUCUGACCAGAAGCUAGCGGAAUUAAAAUUAGGGCUAGUUAGUAGAGAAAGACAUUUCCUAAACCGGAUAACUAAUGCCUUCACGCUAUACUAUUAG